AUGGCAGCCAAGACCGAAGUAUGGUUGAGCGGUGGUACCGAGGCAAAGGAAGCUGGCAGAGGUACUGACACGCGGCCGGCACCUCGAUCCUCCACCAGUGCUUUGCUGCAUCCGACGCAGAAGAAUCCGAAACUUGUCUUAGGUCGCCAUGGCUUGCGCAGCAUCAGUCCGGCGACCUCCUCGGCUCGAUUCGCAGCUAAGAUUUCGAGCGCCGUCUGCAGCAGGUGCCGCAAGCCGAAGGCCUGGCCAGAGCGAGGAGCCGCCUGGGUGCUGGCGGCUCUGGAGGAUGUCGUGGGCUCCGUUGCUUCACACUCGGCCCGAAAGGCGGCUGCAGCAGCAGGACCAGGGCGCCCGUCCACCGCGGGAUCACGACCGGGCACUGCGCAGCGCCCGGCCACGGGCACUCAAGGGCGCCACCAGUUCCAGCCGCCUGUGCGACCUCAAGAAGGUACGGUGCCUUCCAAACAGACGGAACGUCUACGACUCCUCGGCAUCAAGCAUUUUGUUGCUGCGGCGAAAGCAGAUGACGAUCUGCAGAACUGCCAACUGGUGGCUACCUGCCUAGCAGACGUUGCUAUGGGCCUGGCACCGCACCUGGAGAGUGAUGAUCUCAUGGCAUUGGAGCGCCUUGCAUUCGAGAACAUGAAGAUCUCGUGGUGGGAUGGAACCGUCCCUUUGAAGGAGGGCAGGAUCUCAGAUCCCAUGGAUUCCCGAACAGAGGACUCGAACUUGGACUCCCCAUCCAGUGACCGAGUCCGGGAGCAGUCGGAGGUGCCUGCGAUGGCAGCGGAGGAAGAGGAGGUUCGAGGAAGUGAGGGCUAUGUUCUAAACCGAGCAGAGCACCUGCUGAAGUGUCUCAUGGAUGGGGAGUCGGGAUCAAACCAGGGGGAGACAGAGAUGCCAGGCGGAGAUCAGAGUUUCAGGACCCUGAGCCGGCACGUCCAGGACAGCCGGCAGUUUGUCCAACAGGCAACCUCCCUGCCAGGAGUAUGUGAAGGCCCACUGCAGUUCGACUCCGGCCUUCCACCCCCCAGGCGCAUUAUCCACCGAGUCUUCGUGCGGGAGUUCAAUGCAGAAGGUGACGAGGUGGAGCACGUGGAGCCAGACUCUGGUGACGAUGUCUUCACGGGAGGAACCGCGAUUGCAUGA